AUGGCUGCAUUACUUCCGCCAAUUCCCCGAGUGAUCUUUUCUAUUCUCGAGCCCAUUUCGCUCGUUGCAGGAUUUCUUGGGGCAGUGGUUGAUCCGUCAUGGUUCAUGGCCCAGCAAAUCCCCCAAACUCAAACAGUGCCGACCACAGAAGGUGCAGUUAUAGUGACAAUGCAGCUUGGCAAUCUGUACCUCCUGAUGGCCUUCAUGGGUCUUUUCAUUCUCAAUACUACCUCCGAGGCAAAGGUCGUGCGGGCGUAUCUGCUGGCCCUUUGGCUCGGAGAUAUUGGCCAUGUCGGCCUCAGCCUGUACGGCCUAGGAUGGGAGAAAGCAAUGAGCAUCUCAGAUUGGAAUGGAACAACGAUCGGGAACGUGCCUGUCACAAUCUUCUUGUUCUUGAUGCGCUCAUCAUACUUUUUAGGUCUCUUUGGCCCGGAUAGACCGCUUGUCUCCGGGUCAAAGAAGAAGGUCUAG